UUGGAGGCGGGUUUCUAAUUUCGCUGUUAUCAUGCGCAUCUAAUGUGCACCGCAAGGCAUCUUCACAUUAAAUCAAAAUUAUCAACAUCAUAUUGAUAUUCAUUUACGUCUCUGAGCUUCGCGAUCGAAUGGUCAAAUUCUGUAUUGUAUUUUAAUAUUUGAAGUUACAUUCUUUGUCCUAAAUGGAGAGUGGAAAGUUGGGUCUUUCUUUUACAGACGACAUUAACUGUUUGACACAAUCCUAUACAGAUAUUAGAAGGCUCGCUGCUGAAAAUGCUGCCAGGAGGUUACAGACUUUGAUGGCUAAACAUUGUCCACAAGAGGUCAGUAAAGGUCGUCCAUCGAAACUGGAUGAGAACUGUGUGAAGCGUGUCACUCUAAUCUGGAACUACGUAGUUAAAUACCAGGAUGUACUGGCCGCUCAGAUGUGUACACGUUUCAAGUGUGAAAAUCCAAAGCGGCAUAAUGAAGUCAUCAACGCCGUUCGAUUAAAUAAAAGCCAAACCGACAGCAUGAAGAAGAUCUACAAGAGCCAGGAGGGGGCACAAAAUGGCCGCUGCCUAAUUGGCCAUAUUUCUGACAUCCUCGGCAACCUCAGGAGCGCCAAAGGCCUGAAAAAGUCGCUCAAAUCCAAGAUACGUAUGCUCGUGGCUGCAGGUUACUCCAAAGACAAUCGCAAGAGCCACUCCCUGACAUAUUUCCUAGCCGAACACCUCCCGUCUCACUGGUCGGCCCAGAUAGAGCAGGCUUGGACCACCAUGUUGACAUACAUUUUACAACUGGGCUCCAAACUAUGGGAUAAAAUCGACAAAGACUCAUCAGGGAAGAAAACCAAGAAUUCAUUUCCCUUAGCAGACAUAAAGACUGGACUGGGCAGGAAGAAGUUGCCGUUUCGUUGAAGAUUUUAAUGUUGGUCACGUGACUGCUUUGUUCUUUGUUCCCGUGAAUGAAAGGCACACUUGGAUGUGUACGCUUGUCUAGCAACAAUGUAAAGGAAACGAUCACAAGAGUUCUUAAUUCAUCUCAACAUUUCUUGACAAGUCAAUUAUUAAACUACACAUGGCAUGCUCUGAUUGGUCAAGGCAUUCUUAACAAAUACAAUGUUACUUUUUUUUAAUGAAGUUUUUUUUUUCUUCUAAUUUUAUGCUAUAAACUCCAGAAAAAAAAAGUA